AUGUCUGCAUUCUUCCGACUCUACCUUGCCCUCUCUCUCCUCCUCCUACGCGUCGCUGCGCAGUCCCUCUCUGUGUCCAGCGUUGGCGUUAUUGGUACUGGCUGCGAGCCAGGCACCGCCGCCGUCGAUGUCGACAAUGCUGCCAACAAGAUCCGUGUCCGCGUCAACGACUUCUCAGCCAAAGGUGGACCCGGGGUAGCCAUCUCGGAGAAUCGCCGAAAUUGUCAAGUCACCCUCGGAGUCAAGGUACCAGCCGGCUACUCAUUCUCCGUCGAUAACGCGGUCGUGCGAGCGGCGUAUUCUGCUUCAUCUGGAACCAGACUAGUCAGCUCCAGUACUGCCUACUUCCAAGGUGAACUCCAAGAAUGCUCAGGCACGAGCGUGGUCAAUGGACCAGUCAGCCGAGGCGAAUCCACACUUGUGAACAACCUCUCCCCAGCAAGGUGGAGUCCUUGUGGAUCAUCCACCGUCGUCAACAUCAACACCGACGUGCGAGUCGAUACCACUGGGCAGUCCUCAGGAUCGAUCUCAGUCAACGGUGUUUGGGAGAGCAACAUUGUGUGGAGGAAAUGCUGA